UGGAAUUAUUUAUACUCAGUACAGAUGAAUUAUUUGUUCACAUCAGCUACGUUCAUGUCUUGUUGAAAACUCUAGUGCAAAGCAAAAAAAUUUCAAUCAGAUAAUUUUCGAUUUUUUGAGUAGGAAUCGAUAAUAAUCAUUCAGAACAGAUGUUCUAAUUCAUUGACAUCCACAACUGACAGUGAUCGUGUGUGAAAAUUAUCAGUCUGUGAUUGUAGUUCAGAAAUAAAGAUGAUUCAAAUUUGGAGUUUGCAUAAUUUGAAGAUGUUGCCAUAUUUUGUGAUUCUUGCUGUUAUAACUGCCAACACAGUAGCUCAACCACAUGAAUAUAAUCUGAGGAUUUAUAGUUAUUCUGGACCACUCGAUGAAGAUGUUCUAAGGUCGAACUUUUCUGAACUGUUUUCUCUCGAGAUCCGGCUCAGCAAUAUAACAAGUUUUUCAAGGGAUACACUCAAAAAAUUCAAAAUUUUGGAGGAGUUAUCCAUAGCAUUUUCCAGAAUCCACAAAACGGAAGAUGACAUUUUCGAUCAUUGUUGUCCAAAGUUGAAAAAGUUGGAGAUACGGAACUGGAUAGGUUUCACUCAGACAGAUUUGAAAGGAGUAGGUUCACUUCCUCUAGAACACUUGGAGAUUAUUGACCAGAAUAUACCAAUUUUAAAAAAUGACAUGUUUGAAAACUCUGGACUAACGGAUUUACUUUUAAUAAACGACAACAUAGAAAGAAUAGAUCCCAUGGCCUUCAAAAACCUCAUCAACCUCGAAUAUUUGCUUAUUUCACAGAAUAAACUCAAGAAGUUUCCGAAAGAAGCAAUUGCUCCUCUUAAAAAUCUCGAAACCCUAGAAUUUUCUUCAAACGGAUUGGAAACACUGAGCACCAAUGAUUUACCUGAGUUACCAAGGCUGAAAAAACUGAUUUUAACUAAUGAAAAGUUGAAAGAGGUGGAUUUUACUGAUAUCGAAACCAAAGCUCCAAGUUUGACGGAAAUAUAUUUGGUUGGAAAUGUUGGUGUCAAAAUACAUGGUAACAGUUCUAUUGUUCACAACCUUGUUUAGCAUAUUUUACAAUUAAUUCUCAUAAAUAUUUGAGACUAGAUGUCUGAAAUCAAAUGUUGCUUUCGUGUGAAAACAGCUUUGAUCCUGUAAAAUAAUAAUUAAUUAACUAUGUUAGCUUAAGUAUUUAUAAAGUCUACGCAUUGAAACUUUAGCUGUAUAGAUCAAAUCAGAUAAAUACAAAAAAAAAAUAAUGACCACCAAAUAUCAGAACUCAUUUAAAUUACAGAAUUAUAUCGAAUUAAAAUGUAUCUUUUUGUA